AUCUUAUCAUUUUCAGAUAUCCUAGCAACAGUUAUUGCGUUUUGUAAUUUAUCUUUUUGAUGGAGUCGUGAAGAGUGAAUCAAUUGUCCAAAGUGAUAGUUUGCAGAUUAAAUUCAUUGAUUCAUUAUAAUGACAGACAAUUCAAAUAAUAUUAAAACAAAACCUCGAUACAAUGUUCGAAUUGAACCUCCAAAGCCUAAGUAUGGGGCUUUUGGCAGAUUCAUAAAUUACUUGAGGGAAAAUAGAGUCUCGUAUACCUCCAAAAUAUAUGCAUUAGGGGUCGUGGGAGCUGGACUAUAUUUUCUUGGUGCCCUGGUCAGGAAUAUUAAAAAGGAAGGAUUGGAGACGAAAGAAAUAUACGAGGAAGAUGUAAAAUAUAGAUUUCUGCAUCAAAGACCUGAACCUGACUCUGAAGAUGAGAAACAAUUGUCUGAACGCAUAAAGAUGAAAAUACCUGAUGAGUUUAUGCAAGUUGAAGACGGCCCUUCGAUAGUGAUUAAUAGAGAAAAAAAAUUUGUUGAAGCGACUACUAAACGACCAUUGGGCAUGAGCCAAUUUGUCAGAAUACCUUUGGAACAAUGCGAGUUUGAUAAUGAAGGAAAUCUUGUACUGGACAAGUAUGGAUACCCAAUAAAUAAAGGCUCUGUGAUCAAUCAAAAACUUACCGAAAAAAUUGAACAAUUGACUACAUAUAUUCAAUCGCUUGAAAUUUUUAAAUAAUGUGAUUAUUGAAUUUAUUAAAUUGAAUAA